UAGAAUCACGUGAUGACACAAUAGUUCCACCGGAAUAUGAUUGGACUAAUCAAACACGUAUUCCAGGAGCUGUUGCACCUGUAAAAAAUCAACAUCAUUGUGGUUCAUGUUAUGCUUUUGGUAUGGUUGGAGCUUUAGAAAAAACAUAUGCAGAAAUUUAUAAUCAAACUGGUCCAUUAAGUCCACAACAAUUAAUUGAUUGUAGAGGUUCAGGUGGUUGCGAUGGAGGAACUGUUGAAGAUUGUUUUGAAUAUAUUAGAAGCAAUGAUUAUAAACUUAAUUUAGAAAAAGAUUAUCCAUCAACAUCCGAUGGAAAACAACAAGAGAAAUGUCAAACUCAAGGUGGAGUACGUCUUUCAUAUAAUUCAACUUAUACACUGGAUUAUGAACGAUUACCAACUGGAAAUGAAGAAUAUAUGAAAAAAACUGUUUAUGAACGAGGUCCAAUCGUUGUUUAUUUCAAUUGUGGACUACGCACAGGUAAUGAUACUAUUCUACGAGAAGCAUCGAAUAAAUUUGAUCAUUAUGCAUCUGGUAUUUUUAAUGUACCUGGAUGUCCAACAAAUAGAAAUCUGAAUCAUGCACCUGUUGUUGUUGGUUAUGGAACUGAAAAUGGUAUUGAUUAUUGGAAAGUUAAAAAUUCAUGGGGAGCAGAUUGGGGUGAAAAUGGUUAUAUCAAAGUUAAACGAAAUGAUAACAUGUGUGGAAUUGCUACUUCGCCUUUUUAUGUUGGCUUAUUUUCAAAAAAUCAUUAG